AUGUUGACUUUUGUUCAAAAUCCAAAUUUCUUAUGCUCUCUCCUCGUCGUUGUUAUCGCUUGGUGUAUCCAUCGCUUCAGGAUUACACCGCAGCCUCCCCCAAAUUCACCUCCAAUUGUUCCAGGUGGCCUCCCAUGGAUUGGGUUUGCAUACCGAUUUAUCUUCAAGCGCCACGACCUGUUACAGGAGUGCCGCGCAAAGUAUGGGCCAAUCUUCAAAGUACCUAUUGCUGGGACCUACUGCACCGUGGUCUCAUCGCCUACAGCUAUCGCAGCUGUCAUCACCAAGUCACCUAGAACCCUCCAAUCCUUGAACGAUCGUGCUGUUCGCACAAUAACUGGAGUGGCUCCCCAUCGCGUAUCUACCAUCGCAUCCUUGCUUCAGCAUCACGUUUUUGGUAUCAUAUCUGCGAAGAUGAGCAAACGCGCCAUGGGAUCAUUUUUUGUGGGUAUGAGCCAGAACCUAUCGAAGCGCCUUGACCACUUGGUACCACUUGGUACCCAUUCUCAAGUCCAAUUUUCACUCCGUGAUCUAAUCAUGGAAAACUUUUACCAAAUAUCAGCCCCCACAUUCUUUGGUACGAACGUACCAGACGUCUAUUCUGAAUUUAUACACCUUGACAACCACAUAUUCCAACUCUUGAACGAUAUCCCCUUCAUUCGUCGUGGUGCUUAUCAUGCAUCGGAACGGCUCGUGAAGGCAUUCAUUCCUUACGUUCAGCAGGCCUCUGUGGGUGAUGGGGACAUCUAUGUCGAAGGGGCGUCUGUUCCUCUUAUGGACUCACUGCAGCAGCUGAUGAAGGCAGGCAUCUCAACCGAGGAGAUUGCUCGGAUUUUCGUAGCCGUAACUUGGGGUUUCCACUCUAACAUUAUUCACACCCUCAUUGAUGCAUGUGCAUAUCUUGCAUCAGAUCCUAUAGCUUGCCGCAGCCUCACCAAACACGUGCGCAGUGUAAUCACCAAACGUUGGACCGAUCUGGAUACCUUCCUGAAGGAGGAGCCCCUGAUCCUUGAUGAUCCCGAAUUUGCAAUUCUCGACUCACUUUUGCAGGAGACACUGCGAGUUGUUUCUGUUGCUUCUAGUGGUCGAAAAGUUCUUCGAGAUACCGCCAUACCUAGAGAAGAUGGCACACUGUAUUGGAUACGGAAGGGAGAAUUUGUUCUUGCAGAUGUGGCUGCCUUGCAUAAUGAUCCAGAAAUCUAUCCAAAUCCAGAGAAAUUUAGGCUGGACCGAUUUCUCAAUGUGGAGGUAUCCUAUUCUGCUCGGAGUGUUAAGAAUCUUGUGCCAUGGGGGGGUGGUCCAUUUGUGUGUAAAGGUCGUGAAUAUGCAGAAUAUAUUUUCAAGGCAUGGUUUAUUCAGCUGUUGCUCAAGUAUGAUGUAUCCAUGCCUUCAGGAUAUAAACCCUCUCUUUGCCAGAAUAUUUCUCCAACUAUAGCACGCCUUGCUGGUAAUCCUCAUAUUAUUCUACAGAGGCCAACACCAUGA